AAUCCUGGGCGUCGCGCGGGGUUUUGUGGAGUUGUUUUGGGCUGAGUUCCCAUGGAAGAACAUGGCUGGGCCGUGUGUUUUGCUACGCGAGCUGCUGGGCCCUCUGCACCCAGAUAAGGAGGCCGAUGAGGAGGACUGUGUGCAGGAGGAUGACGGGGACCAGGAAUCGGAGUUUGUGGAUGCCGAGGAGCUCUGCAGCGGGGGCAUCAAGGCGGGCAGCCUUCCCGGGCGCAGCCGAGUUUCUAUUCCUGAUGAACAUACUAAAGAGAACUGCAGAGUGUACGGGCGUUUCCCACUCAGAGGUUCCUGGUGGCGAGUGAAGGUCCAGGUGGUGGUAAAACCCACGCAGUCCAAGAGCUACCACGUUCAAGGAUUCCCAUCAUACUUUUUACAGUCUGAUAUGUCGCCGCCAGGUCAGAAACAUAUCUGCUCACUUUUUCUUAAAGACUGUGGAUUUGCCCCAGAGCGCAUAGAUGAAUUUCUAAAAUGGGUAAAUAAAGUGUCCAGCUAUGAAAAUCUGAACUUUGAAAAUCUUCGGGAAACAUUAAGAAAUUUCUACAGACACAGAGAAGCUGAAAAGAAAAAUAAAAAACAGUCUACGCAAAACGAGCAGGAUGUGCUAUCAGAAGAUGAGAGGAAAAUGGAAAAAUCAUUCCCAUUUAUAAGUGUUAUGACAGCUUUGCGGUUCCCCAAAAUCACAGAAUUCCUUCCAACGCUUUUUCCUCGACACUUUACAAGGAUCAUCAGCUCAUCAUCUGAAGGGGUUCUGCAAAAGAUAGAGGAGAUACUGGGUUCGCAGCCGUGGAAGCUUGGCUUCAGGCGCAUAACCUACAGAGAGCUGAAUCUUCUGCGCUGCGAGGCCAGCUGGGCGGCCUUCAGUCAGUGCCCCUCCCUGCUCCAGCUCAUGACUGCGCCGCAGAAGCACGCCCUGGUCAUGUAUUGCAAGCUGAGGCAGACGUGUAGAGAAGACGGGCACACGUGUGUUGAAGCGAAAGACCUGAUUUCAGGGCUGUCAGACUGCAUGUCCUUCGAGGAAGCCGAUCAGGCUCUGGAGUUUCUGAGGACCAAUCACGUGGUGACCUAUGAGAAGGACCAUGUCUUCCUUUCUGAACUGUACCAGGCCGAGCAAGGCAUCGCCUCCUCCAUAUGCGAUCUGAUGAACAGACCCCCGUGGCAUUUGAAAGUGGACGUGAAGAACGUCCUGGCCUCCAUUUGCAAAGGAAAGCCCAAAGAGGCAGGAAGCCCUGAGGCAGUGGAUGGAAAUAAACCAGAUGACACGGGGUUAGAACAGGAUGAGAGUGUGUUAGACCUGCGGGAUGGCAGGGACCACGUGGGGAGCAAUGGUGACCAUGAGAUGAUCGUGGAAAUGAAUGACGUCCCGCUGGAUCAGGAUCAGGUGGCCGCGCUGGAAAUGAUCUGUUCCAAGGCUGUGACCGUCCUCAGCGGGAAGGGUGGCUGUGGCAAGACCACCAUCGUUAGCCACCUUUUCAAACACGUGGAGCGCUUGGAGGAGAGAGAAGUGCAGCAAGCCUGUGAGGAUUUCGAACAGGACCUGGAUGCCUCAGAAGAAUGGCUUGCCUUUGCCAAGCAGAGUCCAGCAGGGGUGGACAAAGCUAUAGAGGUUCUGCUCACAGCGCCCACAGGGAAAGCAGCUGGCUUGCUGAGGCAGAAGACUGAGCUCCCAGCUUAUACACUGUGUCAGGUCAGUUACAGCUUCUAUCACUGGAAGAAGAACGAGGUGGACAAGCCGUGGAAAUUCUCUACAGUUCGAGUUCUGGUUGUGGACGAAGGGAGCCUGGUGUCCGUGGGAAUCUUCAAAUCGGUUCUAGAGUUGUUGUGUGAGCACUCCAUACUCUCUAAGCUCAUAAUCCUGGGUGAUGUUAGGCAGCUACCCAGUAUUGAACCUGGCAACAUGCUGCAGGAUAUUUUUGAGACUCUUAGGCCCAGACAGUGUGCCAUUGAACUAAAGACCAACCACAGGACAGAGUCUCAGCUGAUUGUGGACAAUGCUACAAGAAUUUCCAGACGCCAGUUUCCAGAAUUCGAUGCGGAGCUAAAUAUCUCUGAUAACCCUACCUUGCCCAUCUCCGUUCAGGAUAAGACAUUUAUUUUUGUGAGACUUCCUGAAGAGGACAGCAAUUCUCAGCCGUCUAAGGACUGUCACCGAUCUAAUUUAUACUCUGCAGUGAAAGCUUUGCUUCAAGGAAAGGACUUUGAAAGUGCAAAAACGUCACAAUUCAUUGCAUUUAGAAGGCAAGACUGUGACCUCAUCAAUGAUUGCUGCUCUAAGCACUACACAGGACACCUCAUCAGAGACCAUGAAAAGAAACUCAUCUUUGGGGUUGGUGAUAAAAUUUGUUGUACCCGGAAUGCAUACCUCUCAGAUUUACUUCCUGACAAUGACCAGGAAGACAAAGGGAAAGCCUUUGGAGAUGCCCCUGACAAUGAUGCUAAAACCAAACAGGAUUUUGAAAGUGGCAUUCGACUGUGCAAUGGGGAAAUAUUUUUCAUAACUAAGGAUUUAACUGUUAUAACUUCCAAAAGAAAAAGACUUUUGACCAUUAAUAACGAGGCUGGCUUGGAAGUGAUCGUGGACUUCAGCAAACUAAUGACAAACUGUCAGAUAAAACACGCCUGGGCAAGGACUAUUCAUACCUUUCAGGGGUCCGAGGAGAACACAGUCGUCUAUGUAGUGGGGAAGGCGGGUCGGCAGCACUGGCAACAUGUCUACACCGCAGUGUCCAGGGGCCGCUCCAGAGUGUACGUCAUCGCGCAGGAGUCUGAGCUCAGGAGGGCCAUCUGGAAGCGCAGUUUCCCCAGGAAGACACGUUUGAAAUACUUCUUGCAGAAGAAGCUCUCCAGCGACUCCGCGUCUCCAACACAUUUUCCAUCCCAGCCUUCAAGCCCUGGACUUGGAGGAAGACCCUGCACACAGCCUCCAGCAUCACCCCUCUGGAGAGCCCUAGACAGCAAAGCUACCACAAACGGCGCCACGGGCGAAGCCUCCUCGGCUCCUUUUAACGAGGUGGAUACAGAUGAGGAGUCAGCGCAGCCUAGAGGGCCCAAAAGAACUGGUGACGGCUCCCCAUUUGAUGAUGAAAGCCCCAGUAAAUUCCGUAUGGUUGAAAAACCAUCUCCGCAAGUGUCUUCUAUAUUUCGGAAUCUGAGGUUGAAUAACCUAACUCCCAGGCAACUUUUCAAAUCCACUGACGAUCAAGAAACAAUUACAUCAGGUGUGGUGGGUCACCGUGGUGAUCCUGGUGAUCCCCGCGAUCAGGAGGAUCUUGAGUUCCUGGCCAGCCUGGGUGACAUCAUGAGGCCCUGUUCAGGCAACACCACCACCAACCAAAACCUCGAAACAGAAAAAAAUUGACUUCAUAUUGCUCGAAGUAAUCAUCAUUUCUUGCCUUUCAAGACAAAGUGAACAUUUUAGCCUUAAAGUUUCAGACUUUGAAAAGAUGCUGUAACGGGACAUUUUCCUUCUGGGCAUUUGUAUUUUGGGCCUUUGUCCCAAGAUAAAUAUUUUAUUUUAAAUUUAAAGUUUUUAUUUUUAAAUCUGAAUUUAAAAGCAGGUAUUUUAAAUUCACCCGAUCAAAGCAAACUGAAGAUCUCAGCCUCUGUUCUCAUGAGAACAGUUAACACCAGAGAUUGGAGGAAAGGGGCUGUGUGUUUAAAACGGUCCCAUUUCAGGGGGCCUGUACGUUAUGUGAUAACACCAUGUGAUCACCGUGGCUCACCUUUGCCGGUACACUGAAGCAGUGGCAAAGGUGGGUUGAUUGAUAGUAAUAAUUAACUUAUUGAAAAAUGCUGCCUGUCCCAGAGGGACUGUUUACAAGGCCAUCGCUCCCUCCCUGCCUACACCCAACCAUGCUGGGACUCAGCAUGCUUGGGCUUUAAUGUGCCUUUCCUGGUUGGGAGUAAGUUUUGAAUGUAUCCCAUUAUAGGGAGACUUCCUCUUCAAGCGGAUUGGCUUUUAAAUAUUUAUUGCCAAGAGGUGCUGUGGUUUGAAUGUGUCUCCCCAAGCACAUGUGGAUUUUACUGUGGCAGUGGAGGCCUGAUGAGAACAGCUUUUUGCCAGUGUGAGUGCUCUUGUCCUUUUUGUUGCUCUGAGUCUUGGUGGUUUGCUUUAUUGCAGUUCUCAGAUAGUUCGUUAGUUAUAAAUUGCCACUCUCCAACAGCUCAGAUCAGGGAAACUUCUGGCAACAAAGUAUUCUAUUCAGUGUAGUACAUCAGUUUUUUUUUUCCUUCUUUUUUUAAGUAAUCUGUUGUUUACCUGUUGGACUGCCAGUAUAGUACAGAGACAUUUUUUUCCUUCUUUUUCUUUUCUUUUUUUUUUGUGCUAGGAUUUAAGCAAAGGACUUAUACCUUCUAAGCAAGUACUUUACUGUUGAGUUUCAUCCCUGGCCCUAAGCAGAACUUUUAUAUGUACUGGGAAGCGAACAAACAAAAACAAUUGUGUGACUCGUCUGAUUGUAGUAUUUUUUUUUUAUUGCUGUGUCUUGGGUCUAACCUGCAGCGUCUCUGAGAUACACCUUUGUGAGAAAUAAAUCACUAUCCUUUUUCCUAAA